CCAGAAGAAAGCAAGACAAGUUCACACCCGCGUAACACAAAAGAUAAAACAUAGUUAUGGUUUGGGAGAUAAGAUCAAGAUUCCCAAUUACAACACAUGCAAUACGCUGCAAUAUGUGGUUCACCGCCAUCUGCAACCUUGAAGUCAUUAAGAACAGAUUCACAGUAACCAAUCGCCGAUCACCAGGCACAAUGGAAGUUAUGAGAUCACAGAAGAAAGCUUCGUCAGCACUGACGUCAUCUAAUGGUGUUUCAACCCUAAAUCUUUACCGUUCGGCUCCCACUCUCGAAGUCCGGCUCGAGGAUUUCGAACGAUUCGCCGUUGAUCGGCUUCUAGUUCUUAGAGGGAUUUCUGAUGGGCUAGCUAGAGGAAAGAAACCUGAUGAAAUGGAGAAAUUGGUGGCUGAUCUUUUGAAGGCUCAUAUGAGACAUCCACAGGCCUCAGAGGUUAACAACAAAGAUAUCAUAUCUCAUUUUGUUUUGCGUCUCGUGUAUUGUCGAUCAGAAGAAUUGAGGAAAUGGUUUCUUUCAAUGGAAAGUACUCUUUUUCGCUACCGGUUUCGGAGUGUGAAUUCUGAUGUACAUUUGUCAUUGAUGACCGAACUUGGCAUUCCGUACAAAGUUGUCUCCCAAAAAGAAUUUGAGGAUUUGCGUGAUCAACUGAACUUAGUUGCACGCUCAGCUAACCAGCCGUUACCCACUCCUAAUGGAUUAUACAAGGUUUCAUUUGAAGAAGUUCCAGAACUUGUGGCAACCCGUAAAGUGUUCAUCCAGAAAGGAUAUGCAUAUGUUGCUCUGAAUCAGGUUGUCUCAUUUGUUGUUCCACACUUCCGUAGCCAUCUUUCAAAAGCUCUUGUCCUCACAAACAGAAAGUGGACGUCCAUGAUUAGAGAACAAGAAAAGGACCGUCUAACACCCAUAGUUGAAGCACUAGCUACUAGUUAUCUGGGUCCUGAUUAUAGCCAGGACAAAGAAGUUGGUGAAAUAUCUUUAAAGGACAUUGAUCAAGUAGCAAGAACUUCAUUUCCUUUGUGUAUGCAGCACCUCUUCAAUACAUUAAGAGACGAUCAUCAUUUGAAGCAUGGAGGAAGGAUGCAGUUUGGCUUGUUUCUCAAGGGUGUUGGGUUGAAGUUAGAUGAUGCACUUGCAUUUUGGAAAGCAGAGUUCUCUCAGAAGGUUGGUGCUGAGAGAUUUGACAAAGAAUACGCAUACAGCAUACGCCACAAUUACGGUAAAGAAGGAAAGAGAACUGAUUACACACCUUAUUCUUGUCAAAAGAUUAUCCUAUCAACUCCUGGAGUCGGAGACCAUCAUGGUUGCCCUUAUCGUCAUUUUAGUGAAGAAAAUCUAAGGGCUGCUCUUGGUAAAAUGGGAGUAAGCAGCCGUGCAUUGGAAGAUGUUAUCGAAAAAGCAAGAAAUAGACAUUAUCAGUUGGCUUGCACUUUGACAUUUGAAGCUCUUCAUGCUUCAUCUUGUGAUGCUGGAAUCAACCAUCCAAACCAAUAUUUCAGUGACAGCCAAAAGAUCCUCAAAGAAAAGAAUAUGUCAACGGAUUGAUGUAUUAUAUUAUCAAUUUGUACCAGUGUUAUGUUGUACAGCGGCAAUUUUUAUUUUUCAGGUGGUCAUCGGGAUCACAUUGUCGAUCAGUUCUGGUAAACUAUGCACAUGUAAAUGAGUUUAAGCACUAGUAUCUCGUUGGAGUGAGUAGUGAUAUAUCUAGAAACUUUUAAACUAACUGCAUUUUUUGCACUUCUAAAUUAAAUGUAGUUUCUUUUCUUUUUUAAUCCAAAUUAAACGAAUCUUUGAAGA